AUGACUUCUGCGGACCUCUCCUCCGUUCCCAACGGAGUCCAGUCGGGCGCUGCUGCUGCUUCCCCAGCCGCUUCCAACCCCGCGCCCGGUCAGAUCCUCACCGGAAAACAAGAACAUUAUCUCAAGCGCGAACUCAUCGCCCGCCAAGUGCAGAGCGAAAUUUCCGAGCUGAAUUCGCCAACCGCCCUCCGACGCUUCGGUGCCCCCUUCAAAUCCGAAUUCGGCGAAGUCGCGCCCGUCGACUCGGAGCUUCCCAUCCUACGAUAUAUCUUCGUCCACCAUGUGCGCAAUUUCCCCUUCCUCGAUCAAGCUCGCGAGAAGGAGUUCUGGCAGGAUAAGUUACAAGUGGUGCGUGUGUCCCCGACCCAACCCUUCCUCGAAUCGUUCGCGACGAAGCAUGUAUCCUCCUCCGAAGACCGUCUGGAAGAGACCAAGCGCCGGAAGUUGGCCCGGAAGUGCGAGAAAUUGGUCGAGCUGAUGAUGGUCUCUGGUAUCCCCACGGCGUCGGGCUACGAGGAGCGCAUCCAGUUCUCGGAGAUGGAGGUGGUAGACCGAGGGGCUAAUGAAAAGGGGCUGUUGGUCAAUAUGCCGGAGGGUCAUGCCAUCCAUGGCUGGGACGUCAACGUGGCUGCCGUACGCGUGACCUCGGUUAGGAGGACGGUGCGAUACCACCAGCAUGCGGAGUUUAUCCUUCGAGUGCGCCGCGACGGAAAGCCAGAUCUCUUCGUGGCUCGACGAUAUGGCGAUUUCGCCAAGUUUCACAAGCGACUACGCACGGAAUUCCCAGGGAAGCCACUCCCACCCCUUCCCCGCAAGAACAAAUCUUCCACGACAACGAGCUGGUUCGGAUCGGCAGACGAUGAAGCAUCCUCAGUGUCGUCCGUUUCAACAGUGGGAGUCGCUGUGGUCGAUGACGGCACAUCCUCUCGUAACUUGGCCCCCGGAAACCACCAUCAGCGGUCGUUGUCGCGGUCAUCCAGGCGUUCCGUAAGAUCUCCCCGAGCUUCCAGCGACGGGUCGAGGGAGACGGUACUUUACCGCGAAGAGCAGAGAGUUUCUCUUCGAGCGUUCCUUCGUACCUUGCUGCAAAACAAGCGUAUAGCUGAGACAAAGGCCAUGGAAGAGUUCCUCACAGCGGAUCCCAUCAUUUUGAAUGAGGAGGAGGUGCUGGACAUGCAGAAGCGCAAAGAUGUCGAUGCGGUGCGCAUAGAGGAGCAGAAGCGGUUUUACGAGAUCGCCAGGGCGCGUGCAGCCGAAUUGGACGUCUACAUGGAGAACUUCCGCCGCGACAUUGUGGAGAGCAGUAAGUCUUUGCUGAUAUCCCGAUCGAUGGUUAUUCCGCUGACAAUGGCAUCGCAAUCUAGACGGGUUGCUGCAACACUUUACCACCUUUUCCUGGCCGAGGAUAAUUCUCCUGAGCUGUUCGCGCAAGCUAAGCGAAUUCAUUCGCUUGUCCCGUACACUUUGUUGAAGAAUGUUAUUCGUAUUGCCAACCCCGCGGCCGUCAUGGCAGGAGUGCUGGACCUGUUCUUGGCCCAACCCUUCGGCUCUCGAUCCCUGCUCCAGCGGAUCUUCUCCAUGACCCUCAACGAUGGCAUCAAGGCCUUCCAGAAAUCGAUUGAUGCGUUGGCUGCCAAGGUCGAUGAUCCCAUUCUUUGCCAAAAGUUGAAAGCCUUCACCGAUGCCGACGAAGAGGUCAAGAACGAGAUUCGUGCCGAAGCUGCCGCCGAGGAUGUUGACAUUAUCGUGGCCAUCCUUCGUAGCGAGUAUCUGCAACCCGAGCUGGCUCCAGAGCAAUUCGGCAAGGUGUUCAAUGGAUAUGUAGCAUGGAACCAAGCCGUGGACAAUGUUGAGGUGGAGAUGCGCGAGGGGGCGCACUGGUUUGCGAACUUGAAGCAGCUUCUGAAGCUGUACACUCGUCAAAGGGACAAGGCUAUGAUGUUGAGCAUCGUAGAAGAGCCAACUACUCUUCAGCUGUUCCGCGACCUCUUCACCAUCUUCUACGAACCCCUGGUGCGCGUCUACAAGUCUGCCAACGUCUACAGCAGCAUCACCGAUUUUGCACAUUUCGCCGACGAUGCGAUUGCGGUGAUUGAGAAGUGUCAGCGGCAAGAUGUGUCGGCAGAUCCGAACCAGACCGUACAAGCCUUUAUCGACCUGUGCGAGCGCCAUCAAAGUAGCUUCUACAAAUUCGUUCACGAAGUUCACCUGCACGACAAUGGCCUGUUCAGUUCCCUCAUGGCGUGGAUCGAGGAGAUCCUCGAAUUCCUGCGCAAGGGGCCGCGCGGAGGUGCGCUCGAUAUGAACGCCUUGCUUCGAGGAGCCACAGAUUUCGUGCAGAUUGACAAGGACAAGGCCCUGGAAGAGAUCAAUGCCCUGAUCAAGUGGCAUGAAGACCGAAAGCGGUGGCACUUGAACAAGACGCGGCAGAAGAUGGCCGCUGAGGGCACGGCACAUGACGGAUACUUGGGUAACGCGUCAUUCCGAGGCAGCGACUUUGGCCUCGACGAGGCCGACCUGGAAGAUCUUGCCAUCUCGGACGCCGAGUCGGAAGCAUCCGAAGAUCUGGACGACGAAGAGGACCUGGACCCGAUCUCGGCGGAGCGCAGGCGCCGGGUGAAGCAGCAGGACCAACUUCGGCGCACGGCGGGCGAGCCGGUCAAGCCGGACAUAAGCGAAAUUCUCAAGUUGUCCGAGUCAUUUGGCGUUAUGUUGCGACAGUCCAUCGCCUCAUUCGCCUCGCACAGCGGUUCCUCUGCGGGGUCUCUUCCUCGAUGGCGUUUGGCGCUGCAACUGUCCAGAGCGUCCCCCAGCCGUGAAAUUCCAAACCAAGAACCACGGUUCUACGUCUGCCAAAAACCCCAAGAGAAACGCUGUCGCUUCUUUCUCUGGGCCAGCGACGCCGAAGUCCGCGAGAAGCACGCCACACCUUCCAAGAAACCACGCCUAUCCGAAGCGGGUCUUCUAACCCCGCAAACUGAUCGUACGGUAAGAUUCGGAGGUAUGGACUUGGACAAUAGUGGAGCCAGAGGGAAAGGAGGACGGUUGAGUGCGACUAUGCCCCCGCAAAGCGCCAAAGCGCGCAUGAUGGCUGAAGACCUUGAUGAGUUUGAGUGGGAACAUUCGGAUGAUGCGGCGGUGGAGAAUAUACUUAGUUCUCAGGAACAGAGGCAGAAACAGGCUGCUGCUGCUGCUGCUGCUGCUGCGCCAAUGCGACAGCCGAAUUUCGGACUUCCCAAGACGCCGUCCCGAGACGCAGUGGAGGCUUCUGCGGCGGGGAAGAGAAAGUUCGAUGAUAUGUUGGAGGGCUCAAAGACGGAGGUCUUUACGCCGACUUCGUUGGCUAGGUCGUUUACGGAUCGGGCAGUGUCGUUCUCGUCUUCUGUGCCGCCGCCGUCGUUGGAGUUUUCGAAGACGCCUACGCCGGUGAGGUUUGGGGCUAGUCCUGCUACGGGUGGAGAGAAGGCUGCGUCUGGGCUGAUGGCGCAAGCUGUCGAGAUCCUGGAUAGGAAUAAGGUGAUGAUGUCGGAAAAAGCGAAGAGUGAGUUGAUGGAUCUCUUGCAGAAGCAUGACUUGAAGGUGAAGGGGAUUGUCCGGGGACGGGACAUUUCCAGGAUUGCGUUGAAGAAGAAGGACGAUCAGAUUAAGGCAUUGAAUGAGCGAGUGGCAAUGCUGGAAAGGAGCGACCUCCCCGCCAUGUUCCGUCCUCCAGUGAACCGGGCCAUGAGAGUCCUGGACCGGUCCUUCUUCAAGAAGACGGUACCGAUCUCUGCGGCAGCGAUUUUCAAGACAUCUGAUAUUUCCAAUGUGCGGAAGGAAUUGACCAAGAGUCGGGAUAUGCUUGUGCUGCCGAGAUUGGGCUCCAUAAGGGAGAUUAAGAUCAAUGAUUUGGUGCAUAAGUGUCUUUUGUUGAGGGAGGAUAUCAAACAUGAUGAUACUGCGACGUGGUCGCCAACGAUUAGUGAGCUUGUGAAGAAGGGAAUGGUUGGCGUCAAGCCUUAUGAUUUGACGUUGGAUUACGAUUACUGGACUUAUGCGGACAUCAUGUCCUGCAUUUUGCCCGAGGACAUGCUCGAUGAGAUCCCUCAGGGAUUCACGCAAGUCGGUCAUGUUUCGCACCUCAACCUUCGCGAGCAAUACCUGCCUUACAAGCACCUGCUUGCCCAGGUUCUGUUGGACAAGAACCCCAACAUCAGCACCGUCAUCCGCAAGACCGAGGAUGUGGGCUCCCACAGCGAAUUCCGCACGUUCCCCUUUGAGCUGCUGGCCGGUGAGAACAACCUGAACGUUGUCCAGCACGAGCAACACUGCGAGUUCCGCUUCGACUACUCGCGCGUGUACUGGAACAGCCGUCUCGAGACGGAGCACCGUCGUCUCGUGGACAAGUUCCGCCCCGGCGAGAUGGUCUGCGACGUGAUGGCAGGUGUCGGGCCUUUCGCAGUGCCCGCAGGCCGCAAGAAGAUAUUCGUGUGGGCCAACGAUCUCAACCCCCACGGCUACGAGGUGAUGCUGGACGCCGUCAAGCGCAACAAGGCCGACAAGUUCGUCACCCCCUUCAACAAGGACGGUCGCGAGUUCAUCCGCUGGUCUGCCCAGGCCCUCCUGGAAUCUCCCCACACAGUGACCAUCGAGCCCAAGGUGCGCAGAAGCAAGAAGGCUGCCGCAGAGGAGAAGGGAGAGGCACUCCCUGCCCCGGAGGUGUUCCAUCGCCCUAACGUCUUUCAUCACUACGUGAUGAACCUCCCCGGUAACGCGAUCGAGUUCCUCGACGCCUUUGUCGGCGUCUACGCAGGCAAGGAGUCGCUCUUUGCCCCUCACACCUCUCAACCGCUGCCCAAGGUCCAUGUGUACUGCUUCUCGGGUCACUCUGCGGACGAACACGAUGACCACGUCGAUAUCUGCCAGCGUAUCUCGGAGCGCAUCGGACACACCAUUACCACGGAGGACCGUGUCGGCGGCAGCGGCAACCAGGAGAUUGAUCUGGCCAUCCACAAUGUCAGAUUGGUCAGCCCCAACAAGCAGAUGUUCUGCGCCAGUUUCCGUCUGCCGAAGGAGGUUGCAUUCCGCCAGAUCUAA